AUGUACGGGCUCAGCACCCCAACUUUGCCGCUGAGAUUGCCUGCAGCUGCCUCUCCAGCGGCACGCCAAUUGGCUUUUGUCGACUUGAAGAGUCAGACGAUCUUCAGCUGGAUCGACUGGGUCGUUUCUUGCAACCGUCCGCUCAGCUUUCUGGAGAACCAUACGGUUGCCAAGUACGCCGCUGUACCAUUUCUUUCCACCGAAACCCUCGAGAAGUGCAUGAUACUUCUAACGAUGACGUUAGAAGACAUCAUUGCUGAGGUUCUUCCCAAACGGUUUGGAAUUAUGUGGGACGGGUGGACAUUUCGCUCCGAACACUACAUUGCUGUGUUCGCCGUUUUCGCCCACGACGACAAGAUGGAGAAGAUCUUGCUCGCCAUGGCCCCCUAG